AAAGGGGGCGGGACCGCCUUCCAGCGCACAUGCGCAUCAUGGUCUCCAGGACGAAGCUUUUGUUGGGAAAGCAGGCGGGACUGACUUUGGCCGUUCAGUGUUUGCGCAUGCGCGUAACGUCCUGAGGCGGUGGGUGGUAUAUUAGGCGAAGAGGCGGGGUCGCCCAAGCUGCCGCGCUGGCAUUUUCUCCUGGACAAGGAGAGAGUGCGGCUGCUGAGAGCCGAGCCCAGCAAUCCCGAUCCUCUGAGUCGUGAAGAAGGGAGGCAGCGAGGGGGUUGGGGUUGGGGCCUGAGGCAAGCCCCCAGGCUCCGCUCUUGCCAGAGGGACAGGAGCCAUGGCUCAGAAAAUGGACUGUGGUGCGGGCCUCCUCGGCUUCCAGGCUGAGGCCUCCGUAGAAGACAGCGCCUUGCUUAUGCAGACCUUGAUGGAGGCCAUCCAGAUCUCAGAGGCUCCACCUACUAACCAGGCCACCACAGCUGCUAGUCCCCAGAGUUCACAGCCCCCAACUGCCAAUGAGAUGGCUGACAUUCAGGUUUCAGCAGCUGCCGCUAGGCCUAAGUCAGCCUUUAAAGUCCAGAAUGCCACCACAAAAGGCCCAAAUGGUGUCUAUGAUUUCUCUCAGGCUCAUAAUGCCAAGGAUGUGCCCAACACGCAGCCCAAGGCAGCCUUUAAGUCCCAAAAUGCUACCCCAAAGGGUCCAAAUGCUGCCUAUGAUUUUUCCCAGGCAGCAACCACUGGUGAGUUAGCUGCUAACAAGUCUGAGAUGGCCUUCAAGGCCCAGAAUGCCACUACUAAAGUGGGCCCAAAUGCCACCUACAAUUUCUCUCAGUCUCUCAAUGCCAAUGACCUGGCCAACAGCAGGCCUAAGACCCCUUUCAAGGCUUGGAAUGAUACCACUAAGGCCCCAACAGCUGAUACCCAGACCCAGAAUGUAAAUCAGGCCAAAAUGUCCACUUCCCAGGCUGACAUAGAGACCGACCCAGGUAUCUCUGAACCUGACGGUGCAACUGCACAGACAUCAGCAGAUGGUUCCCAGGCUCAGAAUCUGGAGUCCCGGACAAUAAUUCGGGGCAAGAGGACCCGCAAGAUUAAUAACUUGAAUGUUGAAGAGAACAGCAGUGGGGAUCAGAGGCGGGCCCCACUGGCUGCAGGGACCUGGAGGUCUGCACCAGUUCCAGUGACCACUCAGAACCCACCUGGCGCACCCCCCAAUGUGCUCUGGCAGACGCCAUUGGCUUGGCAGAACCCCUCAGGCUGGCAAAACCAGACAGCCAGGCAGACCCCACCAGCACGUCAGAGCCCUCCAGCUAGGCAGACCCCACCAGCCUGGCAGAACCCAGUCGCUUGGCAGAACCCAGUGAUUUGGCCAAACCCAGUAAUCUGGCAGAACCCAGUGAUCUGGCCAAACCCCAUUGUCUGGCCCGGCCCUGUUGUCUGGCCGAAUCCACUGGCCUGGCAGAAUCCACCUGGAUGGCAGACCCCACCUGGAUGGCAGACCCCACCGGGCUGGCAGGGUCCUCCAGACUGGCAAGGUCCUCCUGACUGGCCGCUACCACCCGACUGGCCACUGCCACCUGAUUGGCCACUUCCCACUGACUGGCCACUACCACCUGACUGGAUCCCCGCUGAUUGGCCAAUUCCACCUGACUGGCAGAACCUGCGCCCCUCGCCUAACCUGCGCCCUUCUCCCAACUCGCGUGCCUCACAGAACCCGGGUGCUGCACAGCCCCGAGAUGUGGCCCUUCUUCAGGAAAGAGCAAAUAAGUUGGUCAAGUACUUGAUGCUUAAGGACUACACAAAGGUGCCCAUCAAGCGCUCAGAAAUGCUGAGAGAUAUCAUCCGUGAAUACACUGAUGUUUAUCCAGAAAUCAUUGAACGUGCAUGCUUUGUCCUAGAGAAGAAAUUUGGGAUUCAGCUGAAAGAAAUUGACAAAGAAGAACACCUGUAUAUUCUCAUCAGUACCCCCGAGUCCCUGGCUGGCAUACUGGGAACGACCAAAGACACACCCAAGCUCGGUCUCCUCUUGGUGAUUCUGGGUGUCAUCUUCAUGAAUGGCAACCGUGCCAGUGAGGCUGUCCUCUGGGAGGCACUACGCAAGAUGGGACUGCGUCCUGGGGUGAGACAUCCCCUCCUUGGAGAUCUAAGGAAACUUCUCACCUAUGAGUUUGUAAAGCAGAAAUACCUGGACUACAGACGAGUGCCCAACAGCAACCCCCCGGAGUAUGAGUUCCUCUGGGGCCUCCGUUCCUACCAUGAGACUAGCAAGAUGAAAGUGCUGAGAUUCAUUGCAGAGGUUCAGAAAAGAGACCCUCGUGACUGGACUGCACAGUUCAUGGAGGCUGCAGAUGAGGCCUUGGAUGCUCUGGAUGCUGCUGCAGCUGAGGCCGAAGCCCGGGCUGAAGCAAGAACCCGCAUGGGAAUUGGAGAUGAGGCUGUGUCUGGGCCCUGGAGCUGGGAUGACAUUGAGUUUGAGCUGCUGACCUGGGAUGAGGAAGGAGAUUUUGGAGAUCCCUGGUCCAGAAUUCCAUUUACCUUCUGGGCCAGAUACCACCAGAAUGCCCGCUCCAGAUUCCCUCAGACCUUUGCCGGUCCCAUUAUUGGUCCUGGUGGUACAGCCAGUGCCAACUUCGCUGCCAACUUUGGUGCCAUUGGUUUCUUCUGGGUUGAGUGAGAUGUUGGAUAUUGCUAUCAAUCGCAGUAGUCUUUCCCCUGUGUGAGGCUGAAGCCUCAGAUUCCUUCUAAACACAGCUAUCUAGAGAGCCACAUCCUGUUGACUGAAAGUGGCAUGCAAGAUAAAUUUAUUUGCUGUUCCUUGUCUACUGCUUUUUUUCCCCUUGUGUGCUGUCAAGUUUUGGUAUCAGAAAUAAACAUUGAAAUUGCAAAGUGAA